GUUGACAUCUGGUGGAAUGAUGGCGACUUGAAACCGUGCCACACCAUUCAUUGUGGGACAAACAUCACAGCCAUGUCUCUGACACAGACUCACUCAGACACACUGGUUGCCGUGACGACUGGACCGCACGUAAUCUUCGAGGCGGUGGGAAAGAGACACAGAGAUGAAAAUGGCAACAACAGGGAGGCGUCUGUGUUUCAACGCCUCCUGAAAGCCGACUUUGGUAAUAAGGUCUCAACAAUGAAGUUCUUGCCCAACACCGAAACCUCAUGUGCCUUUGACUGCAGGAUAGCUGUUGCCACAAAACACGCAGUUAAGAUCUAUGCACCACCUCCCAGCAACAGAUGCAGCAGUGGUACAAUUAAUAAUAAUAACAUCACUCUUGUAGCAGACUCUGAAAAUUCUACAGAAGUUCACAAUGUGUAUGGAACGCCCAUCACCUGCAUGGAAGUUUCCGGAGGAAGUCGGCCGACAUUGGCUGUCGGUCUUGGAAGCUCGACCGGUCUUUUUGAUGGCUAUCAGGUGAAACUCUAUGAUUUGAGUUCCGGUAAACCAUCCGUGACGUUUCAUGGUCACACUUGGUACGUAAGCUGCAUGCAUCUGAACAGUGACAGCAAUGAGCAGCCGUCGCAAUCAUCGAUAACGUUGGCCACGGGAUGUGGUGACAGGAAGGUGAGACUGUACGACGCUCGGUGCAGAUUCCCUGUGAUGACGCUGGCUGGACACACACAGAAGAUCUCCAGUGUGCAAGCAGAUAAAUGGAAAAUCGUGUCGGGGGGAGAAGACGGUGUUGUGACCGUCUGGGAUAUCCGCAUGGCGACUCGGCUGUGGGACUGGCACAAUCGACAUCCGGUCAGGCUGUGCCGUUACAAUGACCGCUACUUGGUCGUAGCAAAUGUGCCGGAUGAGAAGUUUGUGGAUCCUGAUAACGAUGGGUUCGCUGACCGUAAGCAUAGGGGGUCACUGCAGGUGUACGACUUUCUCUGUGAUGACCAGCAGGCUUUGGUAGAGGCACUGCCCGACAUCUGCCGGUCAAGCUAUGACCAACUGCAUGGGUAUGAUUAUGGAAUCAAUUUGGUAACACCUUACGACACCAUCUAACACGGCGCGAAAGAGGAGAAAAAUCUGCUUAACCCCCGCCAGGGCCUCGGCCCCUGUAUCUAACCCUUACCCUUCACCUGGACCCUUGAGCAAAAAAAAAAAAAAAAUCUGUCAAAUGUAUUAUAUAUUUAUUCACAUUCAUCACCACUACUACAACUACUACUACCACCAUCACCACUACUACUACCAAUCCUACCACCAUCACCACUACCAUUAUUACCACCAUCACCACAUAUAUAUAUAUAUAUACAUAUAUACGACGGGCUUCUUUCAGUUUCCGUCUGCCAAAUCCACUCACAUGGCUUUGGUCGGCCCGAGGCUAUAGUAGAAGACACUUGCCCAAGGUGCCAUGCAGUGGGAUUGAACCCAGAAUCCAUGUGGUUGGUAAGCAAGCUACUUACCACACAGCCACUCCUGCACCUAUUGAUAAAAAUAAGUACCAGUGAAACACUGGUGUCGAUCCAAUUGACUGACCCCUACCCGCAAAAUUUCAGGCCUUGUGCCUAUAGUAGAAAGGAUUAUUAUUAUUAUUAUUAAGGUGGUGAGCUGGCAGAAUCGUUAGCGCACCAGGAAAAAUGCAUAAGUCCCAUUUCGUCUGUUUUGACAUUCUGAGUUCAAAUCCCACCAAGGUUGACUUUACUUUUUAUCCUUUUGAGGGAUCGAUAAAAUAAGUACCAGUUACAUACUGAAGGUCGAUGUACUUGACUUAACCCCCUCUCCCAAAAAAUUCCAGGCCUUCUGCCUAUACUGGAAAGGAUUAUUAUUAUUAUUGUUGUUGUAAGACAGCGCCCUACCUUACAAUGGCAUCUUCUGGUAUUUAUUUCUAGCAAGUUGAUUGACCACAUAGAAGCUUGUUCA